CUCAUUCCCCAGCCCUCGUCCAAUCAGACUGACCAACGCAUAAUAAACUCCCUGCCAGGAACCGCAUCGCUCUUGCCAGUGGCAGCAAGACAUGGGUCAGGCGUCCACAUCUAACCAGCGGCAACCCGCCUCCCGUCCUGUGGCAUGCACGCAAAAUCCGGCUCUACGGACAACGGCUGCUUGGCGAAAGUAGCGCUGAGCCGUGUAACGAGCUUUCUGUUUUAUAGUUUGGACCAUCCUCACUCUCACCACCUGCUGCCAUGGAGUCUUUGAGUUGGAGGGCUUCAUCGGAUAAUGGCCGGCUACUACGUACAUGCAGACAAGCAUGUUCUGCCUCCUCCACCUCAGCAAAGGCGCAGCUUCUCGAACCUUGAAGUCGGCGCGGCUCCCUUCUCCAAUUUGCCAGAGGUGGCGCCCUCCCCUCCACGAGCCGCCGACACCGAUAAGAUUGCAUGCAAUCGCGGCGAAAAGCGGGUAUUUGGGAGAAGGGGCUUCUAUAUCUCGCGACAGAGGUUCUACCUCGGGCUCGCCCUCGUUAUCCUUGUCGUUAUUGCGGCUGUCGUGGGCACCGCUGUCGGCGUCCUACAGCAUAAGAAAGGUUCUGAUGCUGCUGAGAGCCCGGCCGAUAAUCCAGAUACCCAGACAACCGAUCCGGCGAACGAAACUAGCACUGCAGAUGCAAUUUGGGAUCAGUCCGCGCUGGGCGUUACGGGAUGGAAAUAUAACGACGAUAAGGAGUACAGCAUCCGCCUUUUUUACCAAGACGCCGAAGGCUAUCUUCGUAUAUCAUCGAUGGAGUCUGUGAACGCGGAAGCAUGGAGCGCAGGUACCAGAUUUGUGAAAGCAAAACGAGGAACGCCGCUGGCGGCGUCGUGUCACAACCAAUCAAUCUACGAUGUAAACAAAAAGGCCAUGGAGGCGCACGUCUUCUAUCUCGACGAAAACGCGAAAUUGCAGGAAUAUAUCUUCGAAGAUAACGACAAAACGGGAUACAACGGAAGCCUGAACGACCAAAAUAUCGUGCCCGCUAACAACACUCGGCUGGCAUCGUAUUGGCCUUCGUUGGUGUACCAAAACCCGGAUGAUACGAUUUCCGAGAUGCGGUAUGACUGCCCUAUUGGCGCUUCCAGUUGCUGGAAAAGCAAGAAUCUCGACAUUAAGGGCCCCGGGCCAUCCGCGCCACUGGCCGAAGUUCCCCGCGGGAGAUGGGGAACGGAGUCACAUCUGUACUAUCAGCGCCAAGAUGGCGAGCUGGUGAACCUUGUGUUCCGCAAUGACACCGAGCAGUGGACUACUGAAGGACUCCUCCAACAAAUCUCUCUCCCCACUUCCGCUCCCUUGGGCCUCCUCGCUACCCCCCGCAAUCCCAACGGUGGUUUACUCCAGUUCCUCGUUCUCUACCAAAAGUCCGACAAUCGAGACAUCUUUUUCGCCUGGAGGAACGCGGAAGGUUGGAACGCCCCGGCCAAAGAUCCGGCUCUCAGUGCAGCAAUGAAAGGAACGGAUAUCGCGUGCUUGGCCCCGGAGAGCUGGACGAACAAGAUGCUAGCGUAUGGGCCGGAGAUGAGCCGGUGCUUCUUUAUGGGGACGAAGGGGAAGCUGAGGGAAGUGCAGUGGAAGGGGCUAGAAUGGAAGGAUCUAGGGUUCAUUAGGAGUAUUAGUAAUGGGGAGGGAGAGUAGUGUUGAUGUGGCUGGAGAAAGUAGGCGGCCCUUUGAUGAUUUCAUGGAAUAGAUACCCUUUCAUGUUUGCUUCACAAUUUCCCGGUAUCGUGGGCGUCAGGGAUCGUGGUUCCUGCUCGCAGUGAAGGCGGAGGAGAUUAAGCGUGCGUGGAACAUUUACAGCUAUCACGUCAGCGACGCGAACUGAGUGACACCUCAAUAGGUCGAAUAUUCGACCGCUCAAGCCAACCGCUGCGCCUAAAUGU